UAGCAGCUAACUCACAAAAGGAAGACAUAGUGUGCUCUUCUAUUCGUCUCAAAACCAAAUAGCCUGAAAUCAAUUUCCCCAUAACUUAGCAUGGCUGAAUCACUCCUUUUCAGCAUCGCACAGGGUGUGCUGGGGAAGAUAGCAUCACCGGUGUUCCAAGAAGCUGUCGCAAUUUACAGCGUCGAAGAUCAGAUCCGCGAGCUUAAAAAUACGUUGGCUGCUAUUACAGCCGUGCUGUUAGAUGCUGAGGAGCAACAGGCGAAGAACAACCGCCUGCAACAAUGGCUAGGUCGACUUCGACACGUGUUGUGUGAUGCGGAGGAUGUGCUCGAUGAACUCGAGUGUGAAGCCUUACGAAAGCGGGUAAUCAGUCGGUACGGGGGCAUCUCAGAGAAGGUACACCGCUUCUUUUCCCUCUCUAAUCCGGUAAUACUCCGUGCAAAAAUCAGUCAUAGGAUCAAGGAGAUUAGGGAGACAUUAUCUAAAAUUUCCAUCGAAAAGGAUCAAUUCAAUCUUAAUGUGCGGAGUGCUGACAGUGGAGUGGCGCCUUUGCGAUCACGAGAGAUGACUUAUUCGUUCAUAAACAAGUUGGAUGUCAUCGGAAGAGAUGUUGAUAAACAAAAGAUAAUUGAGAUAUUGAUGCGGCCAAAUGACAAAAAUCUCUCGGUGAUUCCUAUUGUUGGAAUAGGAGGUUUGGGUAAGACGACCCUAGCUAAAUUAGUUUACAAUGACGACGGUGUGAAAGAGCAAUUCGAGUUGCGACUAUGGGUGUGUGUUCCUGAGGACUUUGAUUUAAAAAAAACUAUUGACGGUAUCAUCAAAGAUGCAACUGGUCAAAGCUUGAGUAACCUUGAUAUUCAGCAAUCACAAACCUUUCUGCGAAACACCAUCAAAGACAAGAAAUUUCUGCUAGUCUUGGAUGACGUAUGGAGCGAUGAUCGUAGUAGGUGGGAAGAAUUGAAAGCUUUGCUGAUCGAAGGAGCUAGUGGAAGCAAGAUAAUUGUGACAACACGCAAUUCAAAAGUCGCUUUUAUAAUGGGUACCCAUCCAACACAUAAUCUAGAAGGUCUUUCUCAUGAAGACUCCAUGGCCAUGUUCAAAAAAUGGGCGUUCGAUCAAAAGGAAAAGCAACCACGUCUUGAUCUCCUUGACAUUGGAAAUGACAUUGUCAUUAAAUGUCAAGGAGUUCCUCUCCUUUUGAAAACUUUGGGGAGUCUAGUUUAUACAAAGGAUGAAGUACGGCAUUGGGCACAUAUAAGAGAUAGCGAGACAUGAAAGUUAGUGGCAGAAAAAAAUGACAUUCUUCCGGUACUUAAGCUUAGCUAUGAUCAUUUACCGUCCCACUUAAAACGAUGUUUUGCCACAUUAUCUCUUCUUGGCAAAGCAUGUGAAAUCAAUAGCCAUGAGUUAGCUUGGUUAUGGAAGGGUUUAGGACUCAUUAGUUUAA